GUGGUUAUUAAUUUCAGAAUACAUCUGAAUCCCUUCUCUGCAGCAAAUGCUUUAGCAAAGGAACAGAGAGCUCCAGGCCAGGGUCAGAUUUCAAGUUCUUCUCUGUUGAUGCCCAUACCACUACCAGAAUCCUCUUUGCUGUCAACUUCUGAGAUCCUUCCCAGGUACAACUUGGUGUCUGAAGUUGCUACCUAAGUGCCUCUGGUCAUCAUUCUCUUAACACAACCUCAGCGCCCCCUCACAGCAAAGCAUAUACUGUACUGAGCUUUGCUUUUGGAAAGACAGGUUGAGAGCAACCCUCUGGUGCCUAUACUUCUCAGCAUGGAGGUGAAGAACUUUGCAGUUUGGGAUUAUGUUGUCUUUGCAGCCCUCUUUAUCAUUUCCUCUGGAAUUGGGGUGUUCUAUGCAAUUAAGGAGAGAAAAAAAACAACUUCGAGGGAGUUUCUGGUCGGUGGACGGCAAAUGAGCUUUGGCCCAGUGGCACUAUCCCUGACAGCCAGCUUCAUGUCUGCCGUCACUGUCCUGGGGACCCCGGCUGACGUCUACCGCUUUGGAGCAUCCUAUGUCCUCUUCUUCAUCACGUAUGCACUGGUCAUUAUCCUAACAUCAGAGCUCUUUCUCCCUGUGUUCUACAGAUCUGGCAUCACCAGCACGUAUGAGUACUUACAACUACGAUUCAACAAACCAGUUCGCUAUGCAGCCACAGUCAUCUACAUCGUGCAAACGAUUCUCUACACGGGAGUGGUGGUGUACGCUCCUGCCCUGGCCCUCAAUCAAGUGACUGGGUUUGACCUCUGGGGCUCUGUGAUUGCAACAGGAACCGUUUGCACAUUCUACUGUACCCUGGGAGGAUUAAAAGCAGUAGUGUGGACCGAUGCAUUUCAGAUGGUUGUCAUGAUUGUGGGCUUCUUAACGGUUCUCAUUCAAGGAUCAAACCAUGCUGGUGGAUUACACAGUGUAUUAGAACAAGCAGAAAAUGGAUCUCGACUAUAUAUAUUUGACUUUGAUGUAGAUCCUCUCAGGAGGCACACUUUUUGGACAAUCUCAGUGGGAGGAACCUUUACAUGGCUUGGGAUCUAUGGAGUUAAUCAGUCGACCAUCCAGCGAUGCAUCUCUUGCAAAACAGAAAAGCAUGCCAAGCUAGCCUUGUACUUCAACUUGCUGGGUCUCUGGAUCAUUCUGCUAUGUGCGGUCUUUUCUGGUUUAACCAUGUACUCUCACUUCAAAGACUGUGAUCCUUGGACUUCCGGCAUCAUCUCAGCACCAGACCAGCUGAUGCCAUACUUCGUCAUGGAGUUAUUUUCCACGAUGCCUGGACUUCCAGGACUGUUUGUGGCUUGUGCCUUCAGCGGAACUUUGAGCACCGUGGCUGCCAGCAUCAAUGCCUUAGCAACAGUGACCUUUGAGGAUUUUGUCAAGAGCUGUUUUCCUCGUCUCUCUGACAAGCUGAGCACCUGGAUCAGUAAAGGCUUAUGUCUCUUAUUUGGCGUGAUAUGUACCUCCACAGCUGUGGCUGCAUCCCUCAUGGGUAGUGUCAUACAGGCUGCCCUCAGCAUCCACGGCAUGUGUGGGGGGCCGAUGCUGGGCUUGUUCUCUCUGGGAAUCGUGUUCCCUUUUGUGAACUGGAAGGGUGCCCUAGCAGGCCUUCUGACUGGAAUCCUCUUGUCAUUUUGGGUGGCCAUCGGGGCCUUCAUAUACCCUGCACCAGCCUCCAAGACAUGGCCUUUGCCUUUAUCGACUGACCGGUGUGACCUAUCAAAUGUGACGGAAUCAGUGCCUCCAGCGCUAUCCAGCAGACCUGCCAUCGCUGAGACCUGGUAUGCAAUCUCCUACCUGCACUAUAGCACCGUGGGCUGCCUGGGAUGCAUAGCUGCUGGAGUAAUCAUCAGCUUCCUAACAGGUCGCCAAAAGGGCAAGGAUAUUCCACCACUGCUAAUUAGACCAGUCUGCAAUUUAUUUUGCUUUUGGUCUAAGAAAUACAAAACACUGUGCUGGUGUGGAGUUCAGCAUGACAGCGGAACAGAGCAGGAAAACCUUGAGAAUGGCAGUACCUGGAAACAAGGGGCUGAAUCUGUCUUACAAAACGGCCUCAAGCAAGAAAGCCUGGCGCAUGUUCCAGGCUAUGAUCCCAAGGACAAAAGCUAUGACAACAUGGCUUUAGAGAAGAUUACCCAUUUCUAAGGCAACACACGCACACACACAAAUACACACAGUCCACAUAAUUCCUUCCUAAUGUUUAGUGGGCUUUCCUGGUAGCUCAGACAGUAAAGAAUCUGCCUGCAAUGCGGGAGACCUGGGUUCAAUCCCUGGGUUGGGAAGAUUCCCUGGAGGAGGGCAUGGAAACCCACUCCGGUAUUCUUGCCUAGAGAAUCCUCAUGGACAGAGGAGCCUGGCGGGCUAUAGUCCAUGGGGUCAGACACGACUGAGCGACUAAGCACAUUGGUUAGUAGACUUUGUAGUUGCCACUGCUAGAAGACAGGGUUGUCUAAUGUGUAUUUAUAUUAUUUAUGACCACAAAUAAAAUGAAUGUUUCCCAGAA